AUGUUUCAGGUUGACCAAGAAAGCGACAUCGGGAGAAAAGAGUGGGAUGAAGAACAAGGUAGAGGGACAAGUGUCUGGACAGAUGAUGAUGAACAUAAAGGAGGAGAUGAUAGAGGAACUGAAUGUCAUAAGGGCAAGGAAGAUAAGGGAAGCACUCGAGAGCAACCACAUCAUGGAGGUGAAGAUAGAGAUGAUGGAAAUGAUGGAAUGGCUGAAAGAUCAGAACCAAUGAGUGAUGGUGAUGAACCUCGAGAAUCAAUUGUUGUUGGAUAUACAAGAAAGAGAGCCGGGUCGUCAACAUUGAAGAAUGAUGCAAGAGAUGAUAAUAGAAGUAGAAUGGGAAGUGGAAUGGGUAGUAGAAGAAGUGAUUGUGGAAGUCGGAGGGGAGGUGAAGGAGAUGGUGGAAGAAAUAGUAGAACACUUUUGGAGUUAGGGAAUGGUGAGACAUCUUCACAGCAAGGAAAAGAUGGUAAAAAACAUUCAGAGUCAAUAGGAGAUAGUGGAAGAGAUGAUAAAAGUCGGAAGAGAGGUGAUAGAAAAGGCUCAUCGAACAAUGGAGAAAAAGACAACGACGAAAUUACGCCAGUCUCAAAUCGACAUGAUGACGGUAGACACAAUGAGAAGGGAGAUGGGGAAAAAGUUUCUUUUUCAAGUGCAAACAAAAAUCACGCCCAAACACAUGAAGGCAUUCCGGAAGACCCCAACGAUUUAGGUGAUCGUAUCACCCAGAAGAUUAUAAAGAAGAAUCUAGAACGAGAGACCAAAAAAUCAGGACCGGAUGGAAAGAUUUAG